AUGGCGGUGGUAAGCAAGAUGGCACGCUCGAACGGGCGAGCGGCGCUUGCCAGCGCUGCAGCAGCUGCCGCACUUUUGGCGGCUCCCGGUUUCAUCGCUGUUCCCGGACAGGAUGCACCGCGCCAGAUGCAGGCGACCCACAGCCAAGUCGGCAGCACAGCCUCAGCGAGCGACGAGGCCAGGAACCUGAACGUCGCUGCUGGCGUCAGCGCUGUGGGGAUGGGCGCUGUGGCGGCGCUGGGGUCCCGCCGCGCCGCGGCCAAGCGCAGCAAAAAAGCGGCUGUGGCUCUGCGGGCCAAUCGCGAUGGCCCGGAAGGUCUCCCUGAGCUCGUGGCCCUGGCUGAGCAGCUUCUUCGGCAGCCCGAGCCGGAGCAGCUCUCGCGUCUCCUGCAGCAGCUUCAGGCUUUUGCCGCUGCCGAGCUCCGCCGAGGCGCGGCGCUCUCGGCACCGGCUGCACGGGCUUUUGCGGAGGUCGCCGCCGGCGACGCCCUGCGCGGAGGCGCCGAGAAGCAGCUUCGCUGGGCUGCUGGCGCUGCCGCCUCCCUGCUUUUGACUUACAGCGUCGGGCUGCAGCCUGCAAUGGCGGCGGAUGUCGUCAACUACUCGGACUUCAUGGAGUCGGUGCAACGCGGUGAUGUGGAAAUGGUGCGGGUCCAGGAUGAUCAGCUCUCUGCACAGUACACCACAAAAGAUGGUGCUCGCCAUGAGGUGAACUUGAUCCCCAAUGCGCAGAUUGAGGACCAGCUGUUCAACACCCUUGCACAGAAGAAGGUUGAUGUGGUCAUGCAGAGCCCUGGGGCCAACAGCGGAGGGCCUCUCGACUUCUUGGCACGCUUUGCAGGACCCAUUGCCUGGCUGAUUGCAGGCCUUCUGAUCCUCUUCGGAGGCGCUGGCAUGGGAGGCCCUGCAGGACCUGGAGGCCCAGGUGGAAAUCCCUUUGAGCUGGGCAAGUCGAAGGCUCGAAUCAUCAAGGACGGGGACACCAAGGUCAAGUUCGGGGACGUUGCCGGUUGUGACGGGGCCAAGCAGGAGUUGGUGGAGGUCGUUGACUUUCUGAAGAACACCUCGCGCUACUCCGAGCUCGGUGCCAAGAUUCCCAAGGGUGCUCUGCUUGUCGGCCCACCUGGUACCGGAAAGACGCUGCUGGCAAAGGCCGUGGCUGGUGAAGCGGGUGUUCCCUUCUUCAGCAUCUCCGCCUCGGAGUUUGUGGAGAUCUUUGCGGGGAUUGGUGCCUCGCGCGUGCGUGACCUCUUCGAGCAGGCCAAGAAGUCGGCUCCCUGCAUCAUCUUCAUCGACGAGAUUGAUGCUGUCGGUCGCCAGCGCAGCGCGGGCUUCGGCCAGGGCAACGACGAGCGCGAGCAGACAGUGAACCAGCUGCUGACUGAGAUGGAUGGCUUCGAGGCGAACAAGGGCGUCGUGGUGAUCGCGGCCACCAACCGAGCAGACAUCCUGGAUCAAGCCUUGGUGCGCCCGGGACGAUUCGAUCGCCAAAUCCAGGUGGAUCCUCCUGAUGUCCAAGGCCGUGCCGAAAUCCUGAAAGUGCAUGCCAAGGGAAAGAAUCUGGCACCAGGCGUCGACCUUUCGGCCAUUGCACGGCAGACGCCGGGCAUGUCUGGCGCGGACCUGGCGAACUUGCUGAACGAGGGUGCCAUCGUGGCGGCCCGCCAGAACAAGGCAGAGGUCGACUCUGACGACAUCUUCAAUGCGCUCGAGCGCAUCGCCAUUGGCCUGGAGAAGAAGGAUGCCGUCAUGUCUGAGCAGAAGAAGAAGCUUGUGGCCUACCACGAGGCCGGUCAUGCCAUCUUGGGCGCACUGAUGAACGACUACGAUGUUGUGGCGAAGAUCAGCAUUGUUCCGCGUGGGCCCGCUGGUGGCGUGACGAUCUUCAUGCCUUCAGAAGACAGGCUCAACUCCGGACUUUACUCGAAGGAGUUCUUGGAGAAUCGUAUGUGCGUCGCGCUCGGCGGGCGGCUCGCGGAGGAGAUCAUCAACGGCAAGGACAACGUCACCACCGGUGCUUCCAACGAUUUCCAGCAAUGCACCCAAGUCGCCAAGCAGAUGGUGAUGUCCCUGGGCAUGUCCCCAGAGAUCGGACAGCGACUCCUCGGAGGCCAGCAGGGCGGUGGCCCUUUCAUGGGCCGUGACUUCAUGGGUCAGGGUGCCCCGCCCAUGUCGCAAGCGCUGAAGCAGACGGUGGAUAGUGAGGUCAAGCGAAUUGUGGAUGAACAGUAUCAGCGUGGCAUGAAGCUGCUGCGCGACAACAUGUACCUCCUGGACGAGCUUGCAAAGCAGCUCAUGGAGGAGGAGAAGGUGUCUGGUGAGCAGCUGAUGAAGCUGAUCAACAAGGCAGCUGCAGACGGCAAGCUCGUCAUGGGCAACACCAAAAUGGCGGUUGCUGCAUACACCGGCGAGGUCAUCGAAUCAACAACUGAGGUUUCUUUGCCUCGCAAGUCGCAAUGUGUUCAUCCGGACAAGCCGAUGAUGUUUGCAUGUGCCGACUGCCCCCGCCGCGGCUUCUGCGGCUCCACGCGUGCUGCGCCACAGGGUGGCAAGGCUGCGCGCAGUGCCAUUGCUCGACUUGGACUGGCGACUCCCGAGGCCGAGAGCCGAGAGUCCACCAGCGAAGAGGUUCUGCGCCGAGUCAAGGACAUGGCUGCCGAAGCCUCCGCGGGCGCAGCGCUGCCCGACACCGUGGUAAAGCACGCCGCUGUGCAGGUCCUCGCCGCCCUGGCCGCCACCGCGGCGCCUUUGGCGGCCAAGGCGGACGACGUGCCGGCGCUGCAGACCAUGGAGGCGCCGCAGAUGCAGAUGCAGCAGCCCGGAGGAGGUGGCUUUCAGCGGGUCACUGGCCGUGUGACGUACUCGCGGCUCCUCGAGUUCGUGGAUGAGGGCUCCGUGAAGCGCGUGGACUUCUACGACCUGGGUCGAACAGCUGUAGCCACCGUCUCCGUGGGAGGUCGUGAGCAACAACUUGUUUGCGAUCUGCCUGGGGCCACCACAGGCCUCAUCGAGAAGCUCACGGCCAAAGGUAUCUCCAUCGAGGUUCACCAGCCUGAGAAGCCAAACCCACUAUUCAACGUGCUGGGUGAUGUUGCGCUGCCGCUGCUGCUGAUCGCUGGCCUGCUCUUCCUGCGCUCCCGUGCACCGGGCGGCGGUGGCGGCAUCCCGGGUUUCGGGAACCAGGGCCAGGCCAAGAUCAUGAUCACGCCUGAGACCGGCGUGAAGUUCGAAGAUGUGGCCGGUAUCGACGAGGCUAAGGAGGAGCUCAUGGAGAUCGUUGACUUCCUGAAGGCACCGGAGAGGUUUGUCAAGGUCGGUGCGAAGAUCCCCCGCGGCGUGCUGCUGACGGGCCCGCCAGGCACCGGUAAGACGCUGAUGGCGAAGGCACUGGCCGGUGAGUCGGGCGUGCCGUUCAUCCAGUCAUCUGCCUCUGAGUUCAUCGAGCUCUUCGUGGGCGUCGGUGCCUCGCGCGUGCGAGACAUUUUCAAGCAGGCCAAGGAGAAGGCGCCGUGCAUCGUGUUCAUCGACGAGAUCGAUGCCAUCGGCCGCCAGCGCGGUGCCGGCAUGGGUGGUGGCAACGACGAGCGCGAGCAGACGCUGAAUCAGAUCCUCACCGAGAUGGAUGGUUUCGAGGGCAACAGUGGCGUCAUCGUUGUUGCGGCCACCAACAGGUCUGACAUCCUUGACAACGCCUUGCUACGCCCUGGCCGCUUCGACCGCCGGGUGCAGGUCGGCCUCCCGGACGUCAAGGGCCGUGCACAGAUCCUUGAGGUCCAUGUCAAGAACAAGAAGCUGGACGGUGAGAUCACGCUGAUGGACAUCGCCAAGCGCACCGCCGGCUUUUCGGGCGCUGAUCUGGAGAACCUCAUGAACGAGUCGGCGAUCCUGGCCGCCCGGCGCAACAAGAAGGCCAUCAGCAUGGAUGAGAUCAACGAUGCCACGGACCGGGUCAUUGCUGGCCUUGAGGGCCGGGCUCUGCAGGACAACGCAGCCAAGAAGCUCAUCGCGUACCACGAAGCCGGACACGCCAUUGUCGGCACCCUGCUCCCGUACCACGACCCUGUCAACAAGGUGACCCUGAUCCCACGCGGGCAGGCCAAGGGCCUCACCUGGUUCACACCCGGUGAGGACCAGAGCCUCAUCUCGGCAGCCAUGCUGAAGGCCCGCAUUGCCGGUGCUUUGGGCGGACGUGCGGCCGAGCAGUUGGUGUUUGGAACCAACCAGGUGACCACCGGCGCCGGCGGCGACCUCCAGCAGGUCGAGCGCAUGGCCCGAGCCAUGGUAACCCAGUUUGGCAUGUCGGAAGUCGGCUCCCUUGCCAUCGAUGACGGUGGCUUCAUGGGCCCCGACUACUCAGAGGAGCUGAGCGCAAAGAUCGACACGGCCAUCAAGGAGAUCUCGGACGACUGCUACCUCAAUGCCCUCAACAUCUUGAUGACCAACCGCGCAUGCCUGGACCGCGUGGCCGAUGAGCUGACCGAACUGGAGACCAUGACGGGCGAUCGCCUUCGUGAGAUCAUUGCUGAGUAUGCGGAAAUCCCUGAAAAGCUUGCGGCUGUGUGA